AUUUGAUCUAUCGUAACAGUAACAGAUAAGUGCACGCGAGCAGAUAUGCUGAACUUGUGACAAGUUUAAAAAUUAAUUUGUGGGAUCCGCGGUGCAGGUGUUUUAAGCGCGAGCCGCCGCUGACGGUGGCCCACAGUGAUCAUGAUAGACUUCGCGCAGAUCCUGUCGUCCGUCGGCGAGUUUGGAGCGUUUCAGAAACGCUUGCUGGUGGCGGUAUGCCUCCCCAACAUCUUCACAGCUUUCCACAUGUUCGGUCAGGUCUUCACCGCCAUCAGCUUCCCACACAACUGCAACAGCAGCUGGAUCUUACAGCGGGCUCCAAACCUGACAGAGGAGAAGCAGCUGAACCUCACCAUCCCUCUGGACAGUAAAGGACAAUAUGAGAGCUGUCAGAUGUUCUCACCUGUUGAUCUGGAUCUCGAUGCCAUUGAAGCUUAUGGAAUAAACGAAACGACAUCAUGUACCGAUGGAUGGGUUUAUAAGGCACCAGAAGACAGCAGCACUCUUAUAACUGAGUUUGACCUGGUGUGUGAAAAUAAGAUUUAUAAUGAGGCAUCUCAGUCCAUCUACAUGGCUGGUCUUCUUAUUGGAGCCCUAUUGUUUGGGCCAAUGGCAGACAAGUAUGGCCGGCGGUUUGUCACGCUGCUUUCCUUGUUCCUGCAGUUUCUGUUUGGGGUGGGAAUAGCAUUUUCCCCCAACAUCUAUGUCUACAUAGCCCUCCGCUUUGUGGUCGGCACCACAGUAUCAGGGAUCUCUAUGAACACGUUUGUUCUGGGUACCGAGUGGUGCGGUUCAGCCAAGCGCGCCCUUUUCACCAUAUUGUCGCACUGCUUUUAUGCCAUCGGCCUGAUGUUGCUGUCUGGUGUGGCCUUUGGGAUCCGAAACUGGAGGAUUUUACAGCUGGUUCUGUCAGCACCAGUUGGGAUUUUCUGCGUCUAUUACUGGAUUCUCCCUGAGUCUGCCCGAUGGCUUCUGACUCAGGGCAAGCAAGACAGAGCCAAGAAAGAGAUCUUGAAAGCAGCCCGAAUCAAUGGCAGGAAGGUGCCCGAAAAUCUGCUCGACAAGAUGGAAGCAGAGAACACAGUAAAAAAAGGCUCCAUGCUAGACCUGUUCCGAGUGGAUUACCUGAGAAAGAGAGCUCUCAUCAUGUGCUAUAUGUGGUUUGUGACGAGCCUGGUUUACUAUGGAGUCAGCUUGAACGUGGGGAACUUCGGCCUGGACAUUUACCUGACUCAACUGAUCUUUGGCAUUGCAGAGUUUCCCGCCCGGCUGGCCUGCUUUCCUCUCAUUCAGCGCUUCGGAAGGAGGAUCUGCCAGAGUGCUGUUCUGCUUCUAGGAGGCACAGCUUGCCUGGUUAUUCCUGCUAUACCAGGGGAGUAUCCUGUGAUUGUGACUGUGAUCGCUGUGAUUGGGAAGUUCUCCCUUGCUGCCUCUUUCACCAUAGUGUAUGUGUACACUGCUGAGCUGUACCCAACGGUUGUCAGGCAAAAUGGAGUGGGACUGAACUCCAUGUGUGCGCGUGUCGGUGGUAUUCUAGCUCCUCUGAUUGGCUUGUUGAACGUGUAUCAUCAUUCUAUUCCAAUGGUCAUAUACGGGUCUCUUCCUUUUGUGGGAGGAGCCCUGACCUUCCUGCUCCCAGAAACACUAAACACCGAACUACAGGACCACACUGACGCUCCCGUGGAUGAGAGCAUGGGAUCAAAGAAAGCCAGCAUUGAAAACGGACUGAAUCAGGAGCAGGAAAUGGCUCUCGGGAGCACAAAAUUAUGAGAUUUAUACUGCUAUUUAAAAAUGUAGUUGAUGUUCAUGGGUGUUUUAAUAGAUUUAUUCAAUAAUAAGACAAACAGGUGUCACUGUUUACUUUUCAUGCUCCAAGUAUCAUGUUUGUAAAGUUUUAUUGAUAAAAAGGAAUUUGUACUUUUUUUAUCACUUCAUUUUGAAAAAUAAUAAUAAAGAAAACUGUGAU